AUGUUUGGUACAAAGAAGACGGGCGGUUUAUUUUUGGUGGUCAUGGUCAUGAUGAUGAUGACGUCAUCGUCAUUUGCACAGGACUCAUCGACGGAUGAUCCAACAACUCAAGCAGCGCCACUUAACGUGACAACGGAACGUGAGAUGCCAUUUCCACUCAAUUCACUUCAAGGUUCCUACAAACUGACCAAUAUGAGAACUGCCGAUCAUCCACCAACACUGGCGACAAUCUGGGAUCUUGCCGGAGUCGACUUUGAUAUUGUCGCGUGGCCGCCAAAGGAGUGUGCAGCAGUCCACGUGUACUUUAUUGAUGCGAAAUUCAAGGGCGCAGUGUUGCAUAUUGUUGAGGAUAUUGUGAAAAAGAGUCCGUUUGUCAAAUUUUAUCCACAAAUUGGAAGAAUCGAUGUCAAGCCAACACAAGAUGGGAAUGUACUUGAGGGAACAUUCAAUCAGCGACAUGCCAUUUCAUUUACCCAUUUGAAUAGUUCUACGUAUUCUGUAGAGUUGGCCAACAAUUUUGUGGAUAAAAUCAAUAAAUACAAUGGAAUCAAGACUAAACAGAGUGUUCAGAUGGAAUUGAGUGGGCGGUUGGCGUUUGUUGUCACGAAUAGUCGAUUCUGUUUUGCACAUAUCACUCGGGAUAGACAGAAUACUUUCUACACGUCGCUAUUCGAUUUUGAUUCCUUCUCUAAGAACCAAAACCGCAUGGCAAAAUAUUUGUCGACAUUUGAAGAACCAGAGGGAGUUCAUUCGCUCUUCAAGCCGCCUGUCAAUUUGGAUAAAGGCCUUCUAAAAUCUGUUGAUUUGUUGUCGGUUCUCAAACCUCCAGUUAUCCAAACUAUGUCAAAAAUGCGUUCUCAGUUGAAAGUGUGCACUGGAUACAGUACCAGAUCCCGGAAUCCUUUGAAAAAAGCGUUCGGACUGAUUACGGUCGACUCUUGGAAGGUUUCUGAGGAGAAUGCGCAAUUGCCGAAGAGAUAUUCGAGUUUCUAUGUGGAUAUUGGAGAGCGUUGUAGUUGGAUUCGUCUGUGGAUCACUAACAUUGAAAAGUUCGACUCUUACAAUAACAGCAUGAAACUGGACGAAACUAUCGAUUUCUUCUUUGAUCAGCAAUUCUACGUGGGUCCAGACAGUGAUAAAGCCCGUCCACUGGCUGGUCACUCGGGACAAAUCAAUCGAUUAUCGAUUAGAAGACAUUGGUUUGGAGAUGAUAACAAGCAUCUAGACAAGGAUGUUCAAGCUGUUCAAUUGUCUUAUGGUAGAGAUCAGGGACCGGCACUUCCAUAUUGAGUUCUUCAAUUUGAAAUCAAUGGCUCAGAACAAUUUCAAUGUUCAUUUGAUUAAGGCAGCAAAAUGUGAGGCUAAUAUUACACCGGCCAGUCAAACAUCCCGUCUGGCGUCAGCCAAUCCAUCAGAACCCAACAGCCUGCAAUUCACUGAGUGUACCCGAACGAUUCUGCAAAAUAAGUAUGCUGGAUCAAUCAAGACUGGAUAA